UGCGCCACUGACACCCGCCUGCCCUGAAGGAACCCAAGCAGAGGAACGGGCGUAACGAAAGAUUUUACAGCUGGAAAUUCUUACAGGCGGAUAAAUACACAGUUAGAUGGUAAAAAGCUGAAAUGCCCCAGAACCGCGUAGAAAACGAGGACGAUACGAGGGCGGAUCUCCUGCGGGGCUUCACUCCAUCUCUGCGCUCCGUGUGAGGGGACACGCCGAGCGGCUGAGGGGCAAACGGAGAACUGGAGAGGAGGAGAAAAUGCUCAAAGUUUGUCCGCGUCGUGUGGAAGUGCCACCCCGCAAAGCGCCGUCCCGCAUCAGCUGCAGAAAAUUAGCAUGAAUUGAACGAAGAAUGCAUGUCGUUUGGGAGAUAUCUGUGAUUCUGCAAACAUAUAUCAUCUGCACGUCAUCAGCUCAGGCUAUUACAUCCAAGCUUGAUGAGAGUUGGUGGGCGUACAAGGAUGUUGUCCAGGAAAGCUUUGUUCCAGUCCCAUCCUUCUGGGGUUUGGUGAACUCAGCCUGGAACCUGUGCACCAUAGGGAAGAGGCAGUCUCCAAUCGACAUCGAAACCAGCCACAUGAUCUUUGACCCUUACCUGACCCCUUUGAGGCUCAACAUGGCAGGACGCAAGAUGGGAGGCACCAUGUACAACACAGGGAAGCAUGUGUCCCUGCGGCCCGACAAAGCCCACCUGGUGAACAUCUCGGGGGGCCCGCUGGGUUACAGCUACCGGCUGGAAGAGGUCCGCCUCCACUUUGGGAGCGAGGACUCCCAGGGUUCCGAACAUCUCCUCAAUGGGCAGGGUUUUCCUGGAGAGGUCCAGCUGAUUCAUUAUAACCAAGAUCUGUACGCCAACUACACUGAGGCAUCUAAGAGCCCUCAUGGCAUCGCCGUGGUCUCCAUAUUCAUUAAGCUCUCUGAAAACAACAACGCCUUCCUCAACCGAAUGCUCAAUAGAGACACAAUCACCAGAAUCAACUACAAACAUGAUGCGUUCUUAUUGAUGGGCCUGAACAUAGCGGACCUCUACCCUGACACCACACGCUACAUCACUUACGAGGGCUCCAUCACCAUCCCUCCCUGCUAUGAGACAUCCACAUGGAUACUGAUCAACAAGCCCGUCUACGUGACCCAGAUGCAGAUGCACUCCCUGCGCCUACUCAGCCAGAACGAGCCUUACAAGAUCUUCAUGAGUAUGAGCGACAACACCCGGCCCACCCAGCCUCUGCUGCAGCGUUGCAUCCGGACCAACAUCAACUUCAGCAAGCAGGGCCGCGACUGCCCGAACAACCGCGCCCUCCGCCCGCAAUACAGAGUGAAUCAGUGGCUCCUGAAAUAG